CAAACAUCAGAAAGGUUCAGUGGUACCGGGAUUGUUCGUCGCAAUCAGUCAGUCGGCAUGAUGAAGUACCCGGCGUUGGUGGCGGUCGCUUUUCUCCAGGAACUAUUGUUCCUCGGCACGGUCCCGUUCACGUACUCGCAGAGGACUAACGCGCGACAAGGAAUUCCUCGCGAACCACCGACUGUCACAAUAAAUAAUCAAGGAACGAUCCUCGGCAGAGACAUUCCUCUAGCUCGACCUCAAAAAGUGACGGUUUACCUCGGAGUUCCGUACGCCCAAGCACCCCUCGGUAAUUUGCGUUUUUCCGCCCCGGUCACCGAUCCACUACCCUCGUGGAGCGGAACAAGAAAUGCAACGCAAUUCGCUCCUUCCUGCCAGCAAGUGUCUAACCGCACGAAACUCCAUGAAAAACUUUAUCGUCGACUUUUGCCACCGGAUCAACAGGAUCCAGGGGUCAGCGAAGAUUGCCUUUAUCUCAACCUUUACGUACCGGACGGAAGUCCACCCCCCGAUGGAUGGCCGGUGAUGGUAUGGUUUCACGGCGGCGACUUCAACACCGGCACACCCGCCAUUUGGGACGCCACCGUCUUCGUCAAUAAACAGAAGAUUUUGGUGGUGACAGUGGCUUACAGAUUGAACAUAUUGGGUUUUUUCACGACAGCCGAUGCGGAGGCAUCGGGUAAUUACGGAAUGUUGGAUCAGAUAGCAGCAUUGGAUUGGAUACAAAAGAACAUAGAAUCGUUCGAGGGUUCGCCAAGAAACGUGGCGAUAGCGGGUCACAGUUCCGGAGCGAUAAGCGUGGGCUUGCAUUUGGUGAGCCCGUUGAGCAAGGGAAAAUUUGGUAAGGCGAUAGCGAUGAGCGGUGAUGCGAUAAGUUCGGUGCGUACACCGGAAUUGGAAUUGCCGAUAAUCGAUACGAUAGCGAGUCGUUUCGGUUGCAACCGUCGUCCGACGUCGGAUUUAAUGGAUUGUUUGCGUCACGUGGACGGUGAGCUCCUGGUGAAAGAAACAUCGGACAUAGAGACUUGGGGGCCGAUCAUAGACGCGGAAACGACGAACACGACGGAGCCGUUUCUCCCGGCGGAUCCGAAGGUAAUUUUGGAGAACGGUAAUUUCAACGGCGUCCCGUUGAUCGCGGGCUACGUCAACAACGAGCAAGCGCUCGUUUACAAAGAGAGUCUCGGCUCCGGGGACGAGGACGGAAAAAUGUCGAUGGCUAAGUUCGAAACGAUGAUCACCGAGGACGCAAUCGCAGCGGUCCAGAGCCCGAACGAUAACGCGACGAUGUGCGACUCCAAACCGGAAAUGGUCGCGGAAGCGAUUCUUUUCUUCUACAGACCUCAUCCGCCGAGCCUCGACGAAGCCGCGCUCCGAGACCGCUUCCUCGAUCUGCAAACCGAAAAAAAUUAUGCCGCCGGGCUCGUCUUACUCGCUGGAAAAUUAUCAAAAAUGGUUAAAACGUUCGUUUAUCGAUUCGAUUAUCGACCGAGGACUCCUUCCGUCACUCGCGACUUACCCGAAUGGGUAAACGUCCCUCACAUGUUCGAACUCCCCUUUUUCUGGGGCCUGCCUCAUUUCUUCUCCAAUCAAAUUCUCUGGAACACCAGCGACAAAAAACUCGCUGACGUCAUGAUGAUGAUGAUGGCCAACUUUCUCAGAGUCGGGAGCCCCUCGCUCAACAACGUCAGAUGGGAGCCCUACACCGAAGACAAUCCUGGCAUUCUCAUAAUCGAUCGUACCAUCAACAUGAGCGAAUCCCACGCCGUCGAUUUUCGCGCUCUUGCCUUCUGGAACGAAUAUUAUCCGCGCGUUGUCAUCGAAGCUACUAACAAUUGCUGCAACGCUACUAGCUCCGCUCUCGCUUCCACGACCACGGGAUCUCUUCAAUUCUGCUUGGCUACCAGCUUCAUCGCUGCGAGAGUCUUGCAAUCCCCGAAGCUCUGAUCAUUUUAUUCCAUCGCCUUUUCCAACGAUUCCUUCCCGUUGCAUCUGUAAGAGAUCCAAAUACUUCUUUAUUCAUAGUUUCAUUCCAUUCGCAGAUAUGAAAGACUCGCAAAGAGGAAGUUACAAAAAUUCGUAUUAAUCGGUCGAAGAUUGACAAAUCGUGAGAUUCUUACUUUGGAAUGUUUUCCACGUACUUCCACCGUCGAACCUCUUAUUCAUUGGUUUCCAAUUAUCAACAUUUUUUGGUCUGAUCGGAAUUUAAAAAAAACAACCCACUCAGGAAAUUGUGAGAAAUUAACAAAUUUUCCGAUCGAACGUAGAGAAGUUUCCAUCCCAAUUUUGUUAACUAUUUCCUUCCCGCUUGAGGGAAUGAUGCGUAAAAAAGUUUGUAACGAGUGCAAAAUUGAACAAAGUUCAGAAAUUCUUCACAGAUAUUCGCUUGAAUUUCGAAAUUUUUUAUUGAAAAACAUCCAAUUUGGUUAUUUGCGUGGAAAAAGACGAUUCAAAUCCCUGGGAAUCUGUUAUAAACUUUCCUUGACAUCAUUGCUUAUAAAUUCCUCGAGUUACGUAACUAAGCGAAUGGAAUAAGUCGAUAGAUGUUAAUUCCAGUUGAGCAAAGUGUCCUUGAAUUUAAAAAAAAACAAACAAAAAAGUGAUAAAUUUAUAAAGCGUAGUUUAGUUUCAAGCGAUUGUACAAAAAAUUUGUAACGUUGCACGUUUUCUUCGAAAGUUUAAGUCCGUAGGUAUAAGGGUCCAUUGAGAAUCGAGUUGGAAUUUUCGAAACGCGUGGAAAGCUCUGUAUUCUGAUGAUUGAACAUGAACGUUUAAAUAUUAAGUUUCAAAUAAUUAUUGCGAAAAAUAUUUCAACAAUAAAAUAGUUGACCAACGUU